GACUAUUACGCCAUGCUCGGAGUCAAACAAGAUGCGAAUCAGGAAAGCAUUAAAAAGGCUUACAAGAAGCUCGUGUUAAGGUAUCAUCCUGACAAGAACACCAAGAACCAGAACGCGAAAGAAAUGUUCAUCAGGGUGCAGGAAGCGUACUCGGUCCUCUCGGACCCGAAGCUGAAGAUCGAGUACGACGAG